CCCGUUUUGGGCCCUGGGCCGUGCUUCCACACAGCACGGGCUUCUUGGGCCCGCCGUGCCGCCAUGUUGAUGUUGGACUCAACUCCAACGUCAUCCAGGGCAAGCACCAUGUUGCGAGGGACGCGCCGGACGACCACAAAUGCACCGUUCGGCUUUCUUCCCGACAGACGAAGGGGCACUUUCGAAGAUACGCUGGACCAGGGCUUGGUGGCUCUCAAGGAGCAGCUCCUGCGAGCGCACGAGCGCGAGUGCGGCUCGCCGCGCGAUAGCCCCAGCAAAAGAAAUGGCAAGGACGAGAUCGUAAAGUUCUCGGCGCCGCAAUCGCCACUGAUGGCGGUGGCCCUGCCGGAGUUGGCCACCUUGCAGCCGGACGUGCCCAGCCACCUGGCGGACUUGCCGCGGGACAGCCCCACGGCGCCAAGGGAUUCCCCCACGGGCUCCUCGGGGAAUCGGAGCUCCAAGAGGAGCGGCGAAAGCGGGCAAUGCCGCCUGGAAGUGCCACAGCACUCCAGCUUCGAGAUCAUCGCACCCAGCUACGACGCCAACAAUUCCAACGACUCCCACAAAUCCGACUCCCACAAGUCACCCCGGGCCAGGGCUCAGGAGCGAGCUGAACGGAGGUCCAGUUUGUCCAGCCACUCAAAGACAACUGCGAGGAUGCAAGCAGUCUUAGUUGAGAACGGGCUGGACGAGCUCGUGGACACCUCGGUGGCCUCGAUGUGCCGGGCGCAGUCCACCAUCUCCACAGGC